AUGGAUGGUAAUAUCUGUCAGGAAUUGGCACAAUUGGAGCUCUUAUGCAAACAAUUGUAUUCAUCGACGGAUUCAAUUGAAAGAAACAAAGCGGAGACAACUUUAGCGCUGUUAACUCAAUCACCCACUUGUCUGUCGAAAUGUCAACUACUUCUGGAAAGAGGAGAUUCUUCAUACGCGCAACUAUUGGCCGCAACGACGUUAACAAAACUUGUGACCAGAAAUCCAAACAUAUUAUCACAUCAGCAACGACUGGACAUAAGAAACUAUAUCUUAAACUAUUUGGCUUCGCGUCCAAAGUUAGCACCGUUUGUGACACAAGCUUUGGUACAACUGUUUGCUCGCAUAACAAAACUCGGAUGGUUUGAGACCGACAAAGAAGAGUUUGUCUUCAGAAAUGUCUUACCACAAGUCAAACCAUUUCUUACGGGUCCCGUUGAAUAUGCCAUAGUUGGUGUUCAAUUGUUAUCGCAAAUGACAUGUGAAAUAAAUCAAAUAAGUGGAUCCGAUGCCAGCCGUUCCAUAACAAAGCAAAGAAAGAUUGCUUCUUCCUUUAGAGACAACCAUUUAUUUGAAACGUUUCAAUUGGCUCACGAAAUGUUAAGGGGAGCCCUUCAGACGUGGAAAGAUACCAAAUUUCUUGAUGAAUCUCAACAGAAUUUGGUCAGCAAUCUUCUACGUCUUGCUCUUAAUUGUCUCUCAUUUGACUUCAUUGGCACCUCUCCUGAUGAAUCUUCUGAUGACUUGUCGUGUGUCCAAAUCCCGACGAGUUGGAGACCAGCUUUUCUUGAUUUUAAUACAUUACAGCUUUUCUUUGACCUCUUUCAUUGUCUGCCGCCAUCAUUAGCACCAAUUGCACUGUCAUGUUUGGUUCAAUUUGCAUCAGUGCGACGCUCUCUCUUCAAUAACACAGAAAGAGCUAAAUUUCUUAUGCAACUCGUGACUGGUGUUCGUUAUAUUUUAGAGAAUCCUUCGGGACUUUCAGAUCCCGGAUGUUAUCAUGAAUUUUGUAGACUAUUAGCGCGACUCAAAUCAAACUAUCAAUUAAGUGAAUUAGUUAAAGUUGACGGAUAUCCAGAAACUAUAGCUUUAAUAACCAAAUUUACAGUAACAAGUCUUCAGAUGUGGCAAUUCGCUCCCAAUUCAAUCCAUUAUUUACUAAGUUUAUGGCAACGAAUGGUUGCAUCAGUUCCUUAUGUAAAAGCCUCUGAACCACAUUUACUCGAAACAUACACUCCAGAAGUUACCCGCGCCUACAUUACAUCGCGAUUAGAAUCAGUUAGUGAUGUUGUUAGAAAUGGUUUGGAAGACCCUUUUGAUGAUAUUGGAAUGGUUCAACAACAAUUAGACCAACUGUCCACAAUAGCCCGGUGUGAAUAUGAGAAGACUUGUGCUUUAAUUGUCCAAUUAUUUGAUCAAUCGGCUCAAACUUAUCAAGAGUUACUUCAAAAUCCAACGUUAUCACAGAUGGAUGUGACCAUACAAGAAGGUCGACUUACGUGGUUGGUCUAUAUUAUUGGUGCCGCUAUUGGCGGACGUAUAUUCCUAAAUAGCACCGAUGAACACGACGCCAUGGAUGGAGAGUUAGCUUUUCGUGUCCUUCAACUUAUGAAUUAUACAGAUUCGCGGUUAGCUCAGGGUGGUUGUUGUAAGAGACUGGAACUGGCGAUGCUUUCCUUUUUUGAACAGUUUCGUAAAAUAUAUGUCGGCGAUCAGGUCCAGAAAACAUCUAAAGUUUAUCGAAGACUUUCUGAAGUGUUAGGACUUACGGAAGAAACUAUGGUUUUAAGUGUUUUCGUUAGAAAAAUAAUCACUAAUUUGAAGUUUUGGGGAAAUAGUGAACUUAUUGUUACAAAAACAUUGCAAAUACUCAAUGAUUUAUCGGUUGGCUAUAGCAGUGUCCGAAAACUGGUCAAAUUAGAUGAAGUUCAGUUCAUACUUAACAAUCAUACCAGUGAACACUUUCCCUUUUUGGGCAGUUCUGCACAGAUAAGUGAUAUGCGCUGUCGGUCAACACUUUAUACAUCUUUAGGUCGACUUCUUAUGAUAGAUCUCGGAGAAGACGAGGAAAAGUUUCUCACUUUUAUGAGUAGUUUAACCGCUCAAUUUGAUUCAUUAGCGUUGUUGUUAAAGUCUAACUCCAUGUUUAACGUGGAAGAAGCAAAGAAAGGAUUGAUUGGUUUGGCCCGUGAUCUCAGAGGUCUCGCGUUUGCUUUUAAUACUAAAACAAGUUUUAUGAUGUUAUUUGAAUGGAUAUAUCCAGCGUAUACUCCAAUACUUCAUACAGCUGUUGAGCACUGGUAUCACGACCCUCAAGUAACGACACCAGUGCUUAAAUUGAUGGCUGAAUUGGUUCAAAACCGGUCUCAAAGACUACAAUUUGAUGUUUCUUCACCCAACGGGAUAUUAUUGUUUCGGGAAACGAGUCGAAUGAUUGUUAAUUAUGGCACUCGUAUAUUAACUUUGGGAGACAUACCUAAAGAACAAAUAUAUCCAUUAAAGCUUAAAGGGAUAUCAAUAUGUUUUUCAAUGCUUAAGUCAGCUCUUUGUGGAGGAUAUGUAAACUUUGGUGUUUUUCAUUUAUACGGUGACACAGCAUUGGAUGACGCGCUCAAGACUUUUAUUAACUUAUUGUUAUCAAUACCUCAAUCAGAUUUAUUGAAUUACCCGAAGUUGAGUCAAACAUAUUAUGUAUUAUUGGAGUGUUUAGCUCAGGAUCACAUGAAUUUUUUGGCUAAUUUAGAGCCAAAUGUCUUUCUAUAUAUCCUCUCUUCUAUAUCGGAAGGGCUCAAUGCAUUGGACACAAUGGUGUGCACCGGUUGUUGUGCAACAUUGGAUCAUAUCAUCACAUAUUUGUUUAAAUGGCUCUCAAAAAGCAAUAAGAAGUCAUCGCAAAGUAAUUUAGUUCGUGAAAGUGAAACCUGUCUUAAAGUAUUGGAAUUACAACCGGAAAUAUUGCAGCAAAUGUUGUCAACAAUUUUAAAUAUAAUAAUGUUUGAAGAUUGUAGAAAUCAAUGGUCAAUGAGCCGACCCCUGUUAGGACUCAUUUUGCUUAAUGAAGAAUAUUUCAAUCAAUUAAGACAAAGCAUUAUAAGUCAACAGCCGUCAGAUAAACAGUCAUCGAUGGCUCAAUGGUUCGACAAUCUCAUGGAAGGCAUCGAACGAAGUCUACUCACCAAAAAUCGCGACCGGUUUACACAAAAUUUGUCGGUAUUUCGUCGCGAUAUUAAUGAUUCCCUUAAAGGCCCGGCUAUGACCAACUCUAACGCUACUAUUGGCGCUUCAGCUGAUAAUAUGAUGAAUUGA